GACACCAACUCCCCACAGCACCACAUAAAAUCUCCCAAUUCUCUCUCUCUCUCUCUCUCUCUCUCUCUCUUGGAUUGGAGCCAAACAAACCAAAAAAACCCAGCUGCAUAGGUGAGGGAAAAAGCAUCCUCCCCUCCCUAGGCUACUAGUCGGCCAUUAACUAUAAUAAAUCAGGUAACCUUUCCAGUCACACAGAGAGAGAGAGGGGGAAAAAAAGUAUUGAAUUCCCUAGUACAGCAAAUUGGGGCAAGAGAGAGACUCAUUGUCGGUGCAAUUUUCCCCCCCUUCUUAAUUUCCCCCCCUCCUCUUUCUCUCUCUCUCUGUGAUACCAUAUCAAUCAACGUGGAGUCUUGUUCUUGUACCCAGAUGACAAGAACCUUAUUUUACCCAAGUAGGUUGCCACAGCCGCAAAUCCCAGCCUCUCUCACCCCCCUUUUAAAUGGGUAUUGAUUCUCUCUCCGUAUUUCCAUACUUUUAAUUAUACAGAGAGAGAAAAAUACUAAUGGAGAGAGGGGAGAAGAGGAAGAGCCAUGAGAAGCAAUACAAGGGGAUAAGGAUGAGGAAGUGGGGCAAGUGGGUGGCCGAAAUCAGGGAGCCCAACAAGCGAUCCAGAAUCUGGCUGGGUUCCUACACCACGCCCGUGGCGGCCGCAAGGGCCUACGACACCGCCGUCUACUACCUCCGCGGGCCCACCGCCAGGCUCAAUUUCCCCGAGUACGCGGCCGCGGAGGGGGGCGAAUUGGUCGGCAGUGGCGGGCCCCCGCUCCACGACUUGUCGGCGGCCUCGAUACGGAAGAAGGCGAUAGAGGUGGGUUCGAGGGUGGAUGCGAUGGAGAGUAACAACUCGGUGAGCGUGCAUGGUGAGCCCGCGCGCACCGGAUUCAAGCCGUGUUGGGCUCAGGAGAAGCCCGACUUGAAUAAGAAACCCGAGCCCGAAGACCCGGAUGCUGUUGACGACUGGUGAGAUUUAAACAAGUCUUUUACUACUACUCCUACUACUAGUCUUGUUUGUAGUAUUCGAGAAAAGGGCAAUAUGGGAAGAAAAAAAAAUGAAAUUCGCAAAAAUCCAGACAAUUCAGUUAAUACGGAAAAAAUGCGAAAUUUGCAGGCCAGUUCUUAUUGUCUGUACAUACAUGUUCCAUCCUGGAAAAAGUUAUUUAUUCCACCGUCUCGAGCAGUCACGUGCUGCCCCAGCACCAUUAUCCGUCACACGUUUUUUUGGAAUCAAUUCCAAGCGUCUGAGCUCCAGAGAAAUGUGUAGCGAAAAUAGUGUGUCGGGCAUCACGCAACGGUGUCCCGAGACUAUGGAAUAAGUGCUCGUUCCAUUUAUGGUUUGUAACGAUGAGACUCGAAUCGAGCCAUAUGAUUAGGAGAGCGUACUUGCUCUACAAUAUGAUUAGACUCGAAUCGGAUUGUGUGU